UUCAAGCAAAAUUGUGACAAGCCUCAACAAAAAAUUACCUUCUCUCAAGGUGCAAAGCUGUAAAAAAAAACUGAGUAAAAACCCCAUUUUACCCUUGUUCCCAUAAAGCAAAGAGAAGGGGAAAAAAAUGUUGUGUGUGUAAGUAAAGCCAAGAGCUCACUAAACCUAGUUUUGCCCAAAAACCCAGAGAGAGGAGGCUCCAAAGCAAAAGCCUCACUCCCUUUCCCCAUCUCCUCCCUCCUCUUCGCCAUUUCGUCGAACACCUUCUCCGAUCGCGCGCCGCCGCCGCCGAUGGGGGAGCCUGGGGGCGCCGAGGCGGCCGUCUCCGCGAGGCUGCUCGAGCUGGCGGCCGACGACAACGCGGCGGGGCUCGGGGAGCUCCUCGCGGCGUGGCCCUCCCUCGCCGACGAGCCCGCGCCGUGGUACACCCCGGCGCGGGGCGCGGAGCCGCUGACCCCGCUCAUGGUCGCCGCCGUGUACGGCUCGGUGGGCUGCCUCGACGCGCUCCUCUCGCCGCCCUACCUCGUGGACCCCAACCGCGCCUCGGCGUCGUCGCUCUCCACCCCGCUCCACCUCGCCGCCGCGGGCGGGUCCGCCUCCGCCCCCGCGGCGGUCUCCCGCCUCCUCGCCGCCGGCGCCGACCCGGCCCUCCUCGACCACCUCCAGCGCCGGGCGUCCGACCUCGUCGCGCUCCCGCCCAACUCGCUCCCGCUCAAGAACCACCUCCUCUCCCUCCUCGGCGCCCGCAAGGAGUGGCCUCCCGACCCCUCCCUCCCCGACAUCAAGAACGGCGCCUACGCCUCCGACGACUUCAGGAUGUACUCGUUCAAGGUGCGCGCGUGCUCGCGGGCCUACUCCCAUGACUGGACGGAGUGCCCCUUCGUCCACCCCGGCGAGAACGCGCGGCGGCGCGACCCGAGGAAGUACCACUACAGCUGCGUGCCGUGCCCGGAGUUCAAGAAGGGGGCCGGGUGCAGGAGAGGGGACAUGUGCGAGUACGCGCACGGGGUGUUCGAGAGCUGGCUCCACCCGGCGCAGUACCGGACGCGCCUCUGCAAGGACGGCGUCGGCUGCGCCCGCCGCGUCUGCUUCUUCGCCCACACGCCCGACGAGCUCCGCCCGCUCUACGUCUCCACGGGCUCCGCCGUGCCGUCGCCGCGCGGGGCGUUGGAGAUGGCGGCGGCGGCGGCGGCGAUGGGGAUGGGGCUGUCGUCGCCGGGGUCGUCGUCGUUCACGCCGCCGCUAUCGCCGUCGGCCGGCGGGGGCGGGGGCGGGGGCGGGGGCAGCGGCGGCGGCGGCGCGUGGCCGCAGCAGCCGAGCGUGCCGGCGCUCUGCCUGCCCGGGAGCGCCGGGAACCUCCACCUGAGCCGGCUGCGCACGUCGCUGAGCGCGCGCGACAUGGCCGUCGACGAGCUGCUCGCCGCGGCGGCGGCGGCGGCGGACUACGACGGCCUCGUCGCCUCCCCCGCCUCCAUCCGGUCCGCGAGGGGGAAGGCGCUUGUGCCGUCAAAUCUCGACGAGCUCUUCUCCGCUGAGCUCGCCGCCGCCGCGGCGUCGCGCUCGCCGCGCUACGCCGACCAAGGCGGCGCCGCGUUCUCCCCGACCCGCAAGGCCACCGUGCUCAACCAAUUCCAGCUGCAGCAGCAGCAUAGCUUGCUCUCGCCGCGGGCGGCCGCGGUGACACCAGAGCCGGUCUCCCCAAUGAGCUCCCGCCUCCUCGCCGCGCUGGCGCAGCGGGAGAAGAUGCAGCAGCAGACGCUGCGGAGCAUGAGCUCACGGGACCUCGGCAACGCCGCGUCGCUGCUGGUCGGCUCGCCGGUGAGCUCGAGCAUGUCCAAAUGGGGGUUCCCCUCCGGCAACCCGGACUGGGGCGCCGACGACGAGGAGCUCGGCCGCCUCAAGCGUUGCUCCUCGUUCGAGCUCCGGUCCGGAGCCGCCAAUGGCAACCAUGAGCCUGACCUCUCAUGGGUCAACACCCUAGUGAAGGAGCCGACACCGGAGAAGAUGAUGACGACGACAUCGGCAAUGGAUUCCAUUGGCAUCUUGGGACAGAACACAAGCCGUGAUCACAUCGUCGGAGGCGAGGAUGACACUGCCGGAGUCAUCAGCAGCUGGCUUGAACAGCUCCAGCUCGAUGAGAUGGUUGUCUAGAAACACAAAACACAAACACAAACUGAACAAGAAAUGCGCCAUUCUUUUAGAUGUGCUUCGCCGAUUGCUACUACUACUCACUACUUGUUGCUACUUGCUAGCAUCAAUCUUGCUAUUGAUUACCGGUGAUACAUUCUUUUGGGGGUGAUGAGAAUUAUUUAGCGGAGAAGGUGAUGAGGAAAUUCUUCUACCAUUUAGCAUUGCCCGUAUGUAAAAGAAUCGGAGGAAUCGGAGCCUAGUCAAAUUGUAUCAAAUUGCCGGCUUGCCUAGGUCGGCAGAUCGGCAUUGAAAAAGAUUGGCUUGGCCUGGAUUGCUUCCCUUCUCCUGGAGGCAUUUUGAAAGGGAUUUGGAUAUUAAGAUGGUUAACAUCAUCGAUCAAUGCGAGGUUAAUGUUUAAUGUGUUCUAGAUGACCUGGUCCCUCACUGAUGCACCCUGUCAGAAUAAAACAACUUGGGGACGGUGGCUCGACUGGAUGGCACAGCAAGUCAGGAACAGAGUAGCUUGGCCCCUGGCUCCUGGCUGGCCUGAUCAAUCUUGCAGGGAUCCGAUGGCCACGUGGCAGAAUCCUGACCCUCAACACGUACGGGCAUGAGCUCGAUCUGCACCACUAUACUCCAAACAUCUGCACGCGUUGCUGCAGGCAAUAACUUCUUUGUCUCGAUGGAAUUUACUACCGUCAGAGGAAUUCAGUAAAUGAACAGUAAAUUCACAUUUUUCUCAUUGGCAUUUUUAUUGCAGUAGAAACCAAAAGGUUCAGAUAAGUUUGUUGGGUUAAACAAGAAGAGAGAUGUCCAUAAGCUUAUUGAUGUUUUUAAAUAAAAAAACUAGUAGUGUUAUCUUGA